CCGGUUUGUGCAGUCGGGAAAAUUCAUUCCUUGCACUUCGACAUCUUUCAUUUCGGUCGGCUUUGGGGAGAGAAGAGGAUAUGGGAGACAAAUUGAACUGAAUAUAGCUACAAACGAAUUUAUUUUCAAUAUCAACCCAUUUGGCAUUUCGAACAUACUUUUUAAAAGUGGUUCUCAUGGAUAUUUUCAGACCGAUAAUUCCCAGUCUCAUCGGACUUCAGCAACGUCUCUUUGGAAAAGGAAAUACGCCUUCCGAACAGGGGAACAAGCAUCCAGCAGUGGCGAGCCAAAGAUAAACAAGCCUUAUGAUAACACUGAACACUGUAUGAUCCCCCAAGGUCCGAGCGGCUGUAGAUCCCAGAAAGCAGCAGCCAUGUUAGCCUGCCUACAGAGACGGCAGCAGAACCUCUCAUCUCAGCGUCUGGUCUGCACCCCCAAGAUCCUGGAUGCUCCGCAGCAGCAACCCAGCACACGACAAAGUGAGCUGGUCUCCAUGAAUGUCCCUCGGUAUCCAUCCCCUGCAGAGCUAGAUGCCUUUGCCCAGAAGACGGCCAGCAGCCCCCUGUCCAUCAAGAUCUUCCCAUCCAACAUCAGAGUGCCGCAGCACAAACAGCUGAACAGGACGGUCAACGGCCUGGACACCACAUGCACCCAGCACUACAGUCCCUACUCAGGAGGCUACCAGGGCCUACUGGGUGUUGUAAAGGCCUCCGUCUCCGUGGUCAAAGGCGUACUGAAAAACUCUGAGGGCAAGAGGACUAAACAUUCCCCCGCCCAAACUGCAGUGGCACCAUACAACCUUUUCUGUAACAACAGACACGGGCAGCAGAAGAGCUACCGCAUAGGCUCCUGCAAGCCUCAUGACGGGCCAAAUGUGUCUGUACCCUCUAAUAUCAUUGGGUCUGUGUCAGUCAUUCCCACCCCGGUAGGGCAGACUCUGGCCCCUCAGCCGGAUCUGGACGUCCAGAGCCUGCUGAGGCAGAUGAACAGACACACCCACAGCCAGGCCCUGCAGCACGGGGGAGGGGCCCAGCCAAGCCCUUCCCUUCAGGCUGUGGCUGCUGUAGCCUGUUCAGAUUCUGGCUUUACGCUGGGAGUAGCGCCCCAGAGCAGUCUGGCAUAUUCGGGGGCUGUGCUGCCCACCCAGAGUGCAGACAUGGCCAAGGCUGGCUACCUGGACAGAGUGGAUUAUAGCACAUGGCAGCACAAACAACAACAGCAGCACUAUCAACAGGGGGCGCUAAGGAUAUACAACAAUGCUCGGAUGGGCAGCGGGGGAGGUGCCGUGGUCAGCCGCUCUCCAGAGACUUGUCUCCCUUUGGCCUGCUCGGCACAGCUCUCCUAUAGGCCUCAUCCCCUCAGUGCAGGCACUAACGUGGCAGGAGCAGGGAUAGGGCAGGACCGGGUUAGCUCCUCCCCUCUGAACUGUGCUGCCAUGCAUGGGGAGUUCUCUGUGGGCCAGUACUUCGCCCCUCCCUGGAACAGUGUUCUGGUCACUCCGGACAGCGACUGUUACAACCCUCAGGAGCUGGUGCCUGGUUCCUCUAUUGUCCGGCCCAGAGACAUGGGGCUCUCCCACCCUCACCCAAACCAUCACCCCAACCGCCAGCUCCACCCCCACCCCCAGGCCUAUGCCACAGACCAAAGCCUGGGCCUCUGUUUUGGGAUGCCCAGCACCAGCCUGUGCCACGCCUCUGUGCUGAGCAGCAGCCUGCAGUCUCUGGAGUGCCUGAUCAGUGAGAUCCACCCACCCUGCAUUAAGGAGCGCAUGCUGGGACGGGGUUAUGAGGCGGUGGGGAUGCCCCAGCUACUGGACCACAACCUACAGCACACCCACAUUCAGCUGCCUGUGUUCCGAUAAGACGGGACAUAUCCACACAGGGCAUACAGUGCCUUCGGAAAGUAUUUAGACCCCUUGACUUUUUCCACAUUUUGUUACGUUACAGCCUUAUUCUAAAAUGGAUUUUUUUUUAAAUAGCAACAUUUUUAAAAAAUGUUUCCAAAUGUAUAAAACUUUUAAAACAAUAUCUUAUUUAUCUAAGUAUUCAGACCCUUUGGUAUGAGACACGAAAUUAAGCUCAGGUGCAUCCUGUUUCCAUUGAUCGUCCUUGAUGUUUCUACAACUUGAUUGUAGUAUAUUGUGGUAAAUCCACCCGUGGUAAAUUCAAUUGAUUUGGAAAGGCACACACCUGUCUAUAUAAGGUUGACAGGACAUGUCAGAGAAAAAAACAAGCCAUGAGGUCAAAGUAAUUGUCCGUAGAGUUCUGAGACAGGAUUGUGUCGAGGGAAGGUUACCAAAAAAUGCUUACAGCAUUGAAGGUCCCCAAGACCACAGUGGCCUCCUUUGUUCUUAAAUGGAAGAAGUCUGGAACCACCAAGACUCUUCCUAGAGCUGGCCAAACUGAGCAAUCAGGGGAGAAGAGCCUUGAUCAUGGAGGUGACCAACAACCCGAUGGUCACUCUGAUUGAGCUCUGUGGGGAUGGGAAAACUUCCAGAAGGACAAUCAUCUCUGCAGCACUCCACCAAUCAGUCCUUUAUGGUCAAUUGGUUAGACAGAAGCCACUCCUCAGUAAAAGGUACAUGACAGCCUGCUUGGAGUUUACCAAAAUACACCUAAAGGACUCUCAGACCAUGUGAAACAAGAUUCUCUGGUCUGAUGAAACCAAGAUUGAACUCUUGAAUACCAAGUGUCACGUUUGGAGGAAACCUGGCACCAUCCCUAUGGUGAAGCAUGGUGGUAGCAGCAUCAUGCGGUGGAGAUGUUUUUCAGUGGCAGGGACUGGGAGACUAGUCAGGAUCGAGGGAAAGAUAAACGGAGCAAAGUACAGAGAGAUCCUUGAUGAAAACCUGCUCCAGAGCACACAGCCAAGACAAUGCAGGAGUGGCUUCGGGACAAGUCUUUGAAUGUCCAUGAGUGGCCCAGCCAGAGCCCCAACUUGAACCUGAUCGAACAUCUCUGGAGAGACCUGAAAAUAGCUGUGCAGCGACGCUCCCCAUCCAACCUGACAGAGCUUGAUAGGAUCUGCAGAGAAGAAUGGGAGAAACUCCCCAAAUACAGGUGUGUCAAGCUUUUAGCGUCAUACCCAAGGAGACUCAAAGCUGUAAUCGCUGCCAAAGGAUGUGUGUCCAAUGUGUCGGAGAAACACUGUACACCUGGCGACCGUGUCAGAGUGCAUGCGUCCGUCCCGCCACAGGAGUUGUGAGAGCUCGAUGGGACAAGGACAUCCCUUCCUGCCAAACCCUCCCCUAACCCAGAUGACGCUGGGCUAAUUGUACGUUGCCUCAUGGGUCUCCCGGUCUCGGCCGGCUGCGACAACCCUGUAUCGAACCAGGAUCUGUAGUAACGCAGCUAGCACAGCAAUGCAGUGCCAUAGACCGCUGCGCCACUCGGGAGGCCUAUUUGCUAAACAUUAUAAAGAGCAGUUUUUGCUUUGUCAUUAUGGGGUAUUGUGUGUAGCUUGAUGAGGGGGGAAACAACAAUUUAAUCAAUUUUAGAGUAAGGCUGUAACAACUAUGUGGAAAAAGUCAAGGGGUCUGAAUACUUUCUGAAAGCACUGUUUACUGUAUAACAGGAAAUAUACUGUAUAACAGGAAAUAUACUGUAUAACAGGAAAUAUACUGUAUAACAGGAAAUAUACUGUAUAACAGGAAAUAUACUGUAUAACAGGAAAUAUACUGUAUAACAGGAAAUAUACUGUAUAACAGGAAAUAUACUGUAUAACAGGAAAUAUACUGUAUAACAGGAACUCUAUGGAUGCAGCGUUUCAUUUUGAAGCGACCACCUCAGAAUGAGAAAUGUACAGUACCUUUUAUUUAGUGUGUAUGUGUGGGUUGUAUUGGUAGAGGGCUAUGUGGUUUGGAUGUGACCAAGUGUUUUAAACCUUUUAAAGGGUAAUGAUAAUCAUGACCUAAAGGGUCAUCUCAUUUGACAUCUUAAUGUUUUCAUUUCGGAGGGUUUGUUAUCCAAUCAUAUCAGUUCACAUCUUCUGGAAGUUCCUCAGAAGAUUCCAGUGCUGUGCACUAUGUCAGAAUGGUGUUUUGGGUCUUAUUUUUCCAUCUAUCCAUUGUUUAAUUUUUAAACCAUUUCAAAAUGUUGUAAAUUCAAGUAUGGCGAAAAGGUGACGUACAGGCAAUCCUCCUAAUGCCCUUUUUACAAAGUGCCAAACUGGAACAUUUUCUACAUAGGGGAUACAAGGGCACAGCUCCAGGGCUCAAGACUGUCAUGCUUUAACCCUUACACUUAAUUGACCAAUAAAGGUCACUGAUUAUAAUGCACUGCUGUAAGAAUGGAAAAGAAUAGGUUAGACAUGGGGAAAGGUGUCUGGGAUCUGUUAUUUUAAAAUAAACACUUGAAUAUUUUUUGUUGUUUGUAUUUUUGUUUGGCAUAACCUGUGUUGGCUGCUAAUGGAGCAUAAUGUAUUUUAUAUAAUGAUUGACCUUGUUUUUGUUAAUUUUUUUUGUCUGAUCUUUGAUUGAUUACUGACUGUCUGUUGCUAGGCUGCAUGUCACAGGCCAGAUAUCUGCAAGCCAUCACCGUUAAUGUUUGAUCAUUUAAUUUAUUGGCAUGACAGAUAAUUAUGUUUUACCCAAAACAACACAGACUUUGAGGACAGGAUGUGCCAUUUUGAUUAUCUAAUUUGUUCACAUCUUGCUAUUUUCUUAGCUUUUGUUGACUAUCAUCAUUCAUCCUUUAGGUCUGAAUGACAAAAAUACUACCUUAAUCAUCAGGAGUCCCUCAGAGUUUCCCGGUGACAGGAGAACUGUGAAAGUAUGACUCAAAUUCUGUGGAAGACCAUUUGAUUUACAAAUUAGUCGAGUUCACUGGAUAGGUGUCCUGUUUUCACAAUCACUGGAGAACAGGCAUUCCUUAUACAGUCACUGCUUUUCUGUCAAUGUUUUCUUUCUAAAGAUUAGAUGUAUUUAUUUGAUUAGUGGUUUAUUUGAUGGCCUGAGAAGUAUGGCUACAUAAAGAAUCUUUGUCAGCACUGUCUAAGAUAAUUGCUUUUUAUUUUCUUCAACCAGUUAGGAUUUAUGUUGGUGAACAACAUAAGUAACCGACUCAAUGACUAUGAAGUGCAAUUAUAAUAUUGAACAGUGAGGCCUCUACAAACAUGUUGAAAUUACAACAUUUACACGAGUACAUGUACGACCCCAGACUCCCAUACCCAAUCCCCUAUUCUUAAUUAAGAUUGUCAAAUAAAACAUCUAAACCCA